AUGAAUUCUACCAAAGUUAUUGCACCCCUUCACAAUACAGCAACUGCCGGUUCAAGCAAGCAAGAGACAUCCGGAAUCGACUCUACUUCCGACAUCUCAACGUCGACUGCUACAACCUCCACUUCCGCCAACUCCAACACGCCAUCAACAAAUAUGUCGCGCGGCUCAUCUACUACCGGCGACUCGCAGGAGGCCCAGACGCUCGACAAGUCCGUGGUCUACACUAUGAAGCGUUCCCUUUCCAGUCUCGAAAUCACUCUCUCUCGCGGAAUCACCAAGACCCCUCCGUGGCUCCAUGCACUGCAUUCCCAGUUGAAGGAGUGUGUGGCCUUAGUGAGCGUCAUGCUGGCCGUAGCAACUGCUGCAGUCGUCUGCUUCCCCAUCUUUACCAUCCCCCUUCUGGUUUUGGUAUCUGGAGGCUGCUACAUAUUUGAGGAGUACAUAGACCAAACCGUACUAUCAGUUGAGGAGAUCGAGACUGCCAUCGAAGCUCCCCCGCAAGCCAACUCUACCCCUAUCGAGGCUGCUGCUGUUAGCAAGACUGGAUCUCUCACUGUGGUUGAUAGUCAAGUCAUGAUCCGAGAUGAUAGUAAUAUCUAUAUUACUAUUCAUUGCGUUCGUUGA